UUUGACGCGAACGACUUCGCGGGAAGGCAAGGCAAAGGCGAAAUAGCAACACUGCAGAGGAACAUAACAAAUUCAACCGGAGAUAAACAUUACACAACGCAAACAUGAGUUUGUGGGUGGAUAAAUACAGACCUACAUCUCUUGCGAAACUGGACUACCACAAAGAACAGGCAAAUAAAUUGAAAAAUCUGGUGCAAUGCGGAGACUUCCCUCACCUCCUGGUGUACGGUCCGUCUGGCGCGGGAAAGAAAACGCGCAUCAUGUGUUUGCUGCGCGAGCUGUACGGCGCGGGCGUGGAGAAGCUGCGCAUCGAACACCAGUCCAUCACCGCACCCUCGAAGAAGAAGAUUGAAAUCAACACCAUAGCGAGCAACUACCACCUGGAGGUCAACCCUAGCGACGCGGGCAACAGCGACCGCGUCGUCAUCCAGGAGCUGAUCAAGACUAUGGCCCAGUCCCAGCAGAUCCAGUCCAGCACGCAGCGCGAGUUCAAGGUGGUGCUGCUCACUGAGGUGGACCGGCUCACCAAAGACGCCCAGCACGCCCUGCGCCGCACCAUGGAGAAGUACAUGUCCACCUGCCGCCUCGUCCUGUGCUGCAACUCCACCUCCAAGGUCAUCGCCCCCAUCCGUAGCAGGUGCCUGGCAGUGCGCGUGCCCUUGCCCACCGUCGACGAGGUGUGCGGCGUCCUGGCCGGCGUGUGCAAGAGAGAAGGUCUCCAGCUGCCUCCGGAGCUGGCCAAGCAGAUCGCAGAGAAGUCGGGCCGCAACUUACGCAAGGCCCUGCUGAUGUGCGAGGCGUGCCGCGUGCAGCAGUAUCCCUUCACCGCCGACCAGGAGAUCCCCGAGACGGACUGGGAGGCCUACCUGCGGGAGACGGCCAACGCCAUCGUGGGCCAGCAGAGCCCGCAGCGGCUGCUGGAGGUGCGCGCGCGCCUCUACGAGCUGCUGACCCACUGCAUCCCACCCGACGUCAUCAUGAAGGGCCUGGUGACGGAGCUGCUGAGCAACUGCGACGGGCACCUGAAGGGCGAGGUGGUGCAGAUGGCGGCCUACUACGAGCACCGGCUGCAGCUGGGCAACAAGGCCGUCUACCACCUGGAGGCCUUCGUGGCCAAGUUCAUGGCCAUCUACAAGAAGUUCAUGGAGGACGGCUUCGACAACUUCAUGUUCUGAUUCUGAUGAGGCGUGAUGCACAAACGUACACGCAUGCAGUACACACACACACACACACACACACACACACACACACACACAGCAUAUCACUUAUUCGUUCGACAACAUCUUAUGGUGAUGCGUGCCACAGGUGCACACACACACACACACACACACACACACACACACACACACACACACGCCAAGACUCCAUAUCACUUAUUCAACAACUUCUUGUGGUGAUGCGUGCCACACACACACACACACACACACAAAGACUCAAUGUCACUUAUUCAACAACUUCAUGUUCUGAUGAUCUGUGACACACACACACACACACACACACACACACACACACACACACACACGGAGGAUGUCACUUAUCUAAAAACUACAUGAUGUGUCAUGUGUGACUACCACCCACCCCAACCCCAGCUGCAACUGGACCCCGAGGCCUGUUAGCCUCCCAUGUAGGGUUCUUUCCAAUGUGUCGACUCCUGUCCUCAACCUGUGCUUGUGGACUCUCGUUACGCAAAUGCUUGCCCCCGUGGAGAUAACAAUAACAUUUCCCCGCUGUCAGCCUAGCCACAAUAACUUUUCGGGGACCAUUCUUCAUUCACCAUCCAUCCCGAUUGCAAAUGAGAACAUGACAUUAGAAUUGCACUUUUGUGAGAUAUUGAAAUACACUUCUGUCGUCGCCGGUGACAUCAUCGCGAGGCUGCAAGCAUGCAAGGGAGGACGGGAGUUAGGUUAUUAGAAGGAACCCUGGCCAAGGUCAUGGCCAUCUGUAAGAAGGUCAUGGAGGACAAAUUAUAUCACUUCAUGUUCUGAUGUCAUCAGUACACUUGCUGGACACAAGCAGAGGUCUCUUUCUGCACUUAUUUGGGUCAAUAAUAAUAUCACCCCUCAUCCCCCAAGACUUUGUCAGCUACUUCAUGUUCUAAUGCAGGGGUUCCCAACCUUGUACAACUUGGGGCCCAUUUGAAUUUUUUCUCAAAUGUUCAGGAACCACCUCUGACCCAAUAAAACAAACAAUACAACUAAAAUAAAUAGUCAACAGCAACACGCAUACAAAUAAUUGAUUUUCAGAAAAUGAUUUCAAGGCUCACUUGGCGUACCUUAAGGGCCCACAGUUUGAGGAUCCCUGUUCUAAUGCAUGCCAGCUGAUUUCCCUUAGUGGACUAAUUCUGAAAGUCCAUUUCUGCACUUCAUAGGGGAAAUGAUUAACAAAUAAGGCCGCCGUAGACGUGACAAAAGUAUCAAUGAUCAAUCUGUCUUACCUUGAUGCCAAUUUAGGAGCUUAACAAAAUAUUUCAUACAGUUUUGAAGAUGAAUGAAAUAAAGCUUUUUUAUUGAGAAAAUAAUUUGUUAGCACUCAGUUGUGUUUGACUUGCAAAGUUAGGUUUAAGAUUGUGUACAGUUGUUAAGUCUCAUAUGAUCAGUUCAACUCAUUUUGCCAUAAAAAAACAUUUUAACCAUGAAUUUACAGUGCACAUAAGUAAACAGUUCAAACCCUAUUCUCCUAUACUAUCCUUCACACUUCCUUCUGUUGUAAACACCAGAAUGUAUCUACAGUCAAUCCGGAAAGUAUUCACAGCGCUUCACUUUUUUCACAUUUUAUUUAUCUUACAGCCUUAUUCCCAAUGCUACAAAUCAAUCUCUGUUGUCAAAAUCCUACACAAAUUAUUCCAUUAUGACCAUGUGAAAAACUAGUUGUCUUGACAGUUUUGAAAAUGUAUGAAAAUAAAAAACA